CCUGCUGAUUGGUCCUUUCGAUGGCCGGGGCGGGGCCAACAGCGUUGAAGGAAAAGGCGCGAGCGGGGGUGGUGGGUGGAAGAACAAAUCGUUCGCGUGAUGGCAGCGGCUGGGCAGGCCCGGGAGCUCCUGGCCCAGCUGGAUGAGGCGCUGGCUUUCGAGGGGCCGACCCGAGAGGAGCUGGAGGCGGAGCUGCCAGCCAAAGUCCUGGUGGACCAUGCUGUGGAUACACGGAAGAAGCAGAAGUGGAUGUGCAGCCAGCUCCAUGUGGUCAAAUUCCUGCUGGAAUUCUUGGACCAGAGGGACUCAGCCCCCUUUGACCAGAAGACCACAGAGGCAGCAGUCCGGAACGAGAUGGCGCAAGCCAAGCAGCAGUGGAAGGAGCUGAAGGCUGGCUACCAGCAGCAGGUGGAAGCCAUCGAGGGGGCAGUGCCCAGUGUGCUGGCUCAGCUGGAGAAGGGCCAGCACCUGGCGCAGCGGCUGAAGGAGGCUCUGGCGCGAUACGAGGCCCAGAGACACGAGGCUGAGAAGAAGGCAAGGGACGCCCGGGAGAGAUGGCAGAAGGAGCAGGAGCAGCUGGAGGAGCGGCAGCAGCAGCUGGAGGAGCAGGCGGCUUUGCUGCGGAGCCGGGUGCAGGCUCAGCGCCAGGAACUGCACCGGCUGCAGGGGGAGCUCCAGAGCCAGGAGUGUGUCUCCAGUGGCUGGAGGGAGAAGGUGGAGAGGAGCUCUGCCCUCUGCCAGCUCUUGGAGACCCUCCAAGGGGUCCGGGUGGUCUCUGCCUCUGCUGAUGAAAUCGACGUGGAGCUGACCCCCGGCCCCCAGCCGACGACCCCCGAUCCCCAGCCAGCGACCCCGGACUCCCAGCUGCUGAGGUUCACCUUGUGCUGGGCGGAGGAUGGGAGCAUCAGG